AUGUAUUACCAGUUGUUCAUAAUUGUUAUGGUCCAGAGACAGUUCAUAUCUAUUUAUCUAUCUAUCUGUCUAUCUAUCUAUCUAUUGUUCUCUGACAGUUCAUAUAUCGAGCUAGCUGUCAAAGUUUGUUCAUAUCUAUCUAUCCAUCUAUCUAUCUACAGUAUAGCAAUGGCGGUUAGGCUAAAUCAAUUUUUCUCUCAUUCUUUCUCACUAUCUAUCUAUCUAUCUAUCUAUCUAUCUCAGUCUGUUCAUAUCUAUCUAUCUAUCUAUCUAUCUAUCUAUCUAUCUAUCUAUCUCAGUCUGUUCAUUAUCUAUCUAUCUAUCUAUCUAUCUAUCUCAGUCUGUUCAUAUCUAUCUAUCUAUCUAUCUAUCUAUCUAUCUAUCUAUCUAUCUAUCUAUCUAUCUCAGUCUGUUCAUAUCUAUCUAUUUAUCUAUCUCAGUCUGUUCAUAUCUAUCUAUCUAUCUAUCUAUCUAUCUAUCUAUCUAUCUAUCUAUCUAUCUAUCUCUAUCUAUCUAUCUCAGUCUGUUCAUAUCUAUCUAUCUAUCUAUCUAUCUCAGUCUGUUCAUAUCUAUCUAUUUAUCUAUUGCCAUCUUAAUUCUUAA